CAAUGAAAUUUCCUGUGUGUGUGCAAGUCCGGCUGCCGCUGCGGGGCUGCUCAGUGCAUACGGGUGGCUCUGCGGAGGUGAACUCCGUUCGGUCACCCCAGUCGCGAUGGAGGUGACGUCCCCCCGGCCUGGGUUGCUGCUGGCCGCGCUCUGUCUGCUCGCUUCCCACGAAGGGCCAGCAGCUUUCCUGAUCACCACCCCGUACUCGCUCUGCAUCUGCCCCGAGGGCCAGAACGUCACCCUGACCUGCCGGAUCAGCGGUCCCCUCGCCGACCGCCACGACCUGCUCUACAAAACCUGGUACUUCAGCAGCAACGGCGACCAGAGCUGCUCCGAGAAGAAGCACAUCCGCAACAUCACCGAGAAGGAGCUGCACCACGACCCGGGCAAGCACCACGAGGCGCUGGGCAACGGCACCCAAAAAUCCACCCUCGGGGGGCAAGCUAAUCAUCACGGGGUGGAGUUCGUCCCCGACCACCACGGUGCCUUUCACAUCGUGGUGAUGAACCUGACGCUGCAGGACAGCGGGAAUUACUGCUGCUACGCGGUGGAGGCCAGGCGGGAGCACGGCAAGCCCCACACCUUGCAGGUCGCUCAUGGCUUCGUGGAACUGCAGAUCCAGCAAGGCAGAGGAGGGCUUCAGAACUGCACGUUUCAUACCACCACCAGCAAAGAUAUCACAGCCGCCGCGCUGGCAACGGGCGCCUGCAUCGUGGGCAUCCUCUGCCUGCCCCUCAUCUUGCUCCUGAUUUACAAGCAGAGACAAGCCGUCAGCAGCAGACGUGCCCAUGAGCUUGUCAGGAUGGACAGCAGCGCCCAGGGCAUCGAAAACCCCGUCUUUGAGGCAGUCCCCUCGGCGAGCAUGGAGCAGCGGCCCCGACCCCAGCUCUCCUACAUGGCCAGCCGGCAGCCCUCCGAGUCUGGCCGGCAUCUGCUCUCCGAGCCUGGCACCCCCCUGUCCCCCCCCGGCCCCGGGGACUGCUUCUUCCCAACGCUGGAUCCUGUUCCCGACUCACCAAAUUCCUUGAAAGCCUAAAGACCCAGGAGGAAACCACACGCCCCAGCCGCAGCCGGGAGAGGCCGGGCAGCCACCACGCCAUGCUCGCCCAGCCGAGACCCCCGGGAGGGCAGCAUGGCCACGGGCAGCAAAGUCUUAAAAAACGAAGCUGAGUGCAGGAGCCCUGCCCUUGCCUCCUGUCCCGGCUCUUGCCCUGGGGCUGGAAGUGAACCUCUUUUGCCAGGAUUUCAGUUUUUAACUACUUAUUUCUAUGGAGAAGAGCGUGCCUCUGUACUGCUCAUGUUUUACGGACUAGCUAAAAAUUGGGGAUGCAGGGAUGGAAGGAUGACCCGCACCUGCAAACUUCCCCGAGGAUUUAACUUAUUGCCAGGAGUUCAAGCUCUGCAACAUCAACCUGUUUCUGCAUCUUUGACUGAACAUCCUCUCUGGGAGCGGAUGGUAAAGUACCUUAUCCACCGCGAGACAAAACAGGGUCACCGGCCAGCCUUGUACUACAUUUUUCUUUGCAAAACAGGAAGGGGAGAGGCUCCCUGCCGCUGAUGGAGCCCUCUUUCCCCACCAGCCUUUUGAGACAGCCACGGACUUGCGAGGCUGCCGCGUUUUCAGCUGGAUACGUGUCAGGAGGAGCCUUAUUUCUGCUGCAAUUUUAUCCUCGGCUUGGGAUCGGGGGAAUUUAUCUUUCUGUUUGUUUCAUUAUCAGUGCUGAUUAAAAGAAAAAAAGGA